AUGCCAACUUCAAACCCUGAGUUGGUCGGAACUUCUCAGCAUUUUGGAUACCCCUUGGCGAUGGCUGGAGACCGAUUUUUCCCGGUGGUGUCACCGACGCCGGCAGUGCCGUCCGCCCGGCUGAAGCAACGCUGGUUGGACUUGGCACCGCCCGCGCCGUUGAAGGCCACUUUGGCCAAUGUGGCCCAUUUGGAGACCGGCAUGAUCAUCCCGGCGGACGAUGAGGAAGUGGCCAAGAUGAUGUGCAGGCCCUACACAAGUGUGGGCAGCACGAAUUUCAACGAAAGCGUCACAUUGUCCGCGGCUCCAAGGUUCACAGUUCAGUUUUCGACCCUCGACCAGCCUCUAUUCUGGGCAGUCACGGUGCAGCUCCAGGAAUGCUAUGGCUGCUAUGGGAAGGGGAUAAUCAGGGUUGUUACAAGUUGGCACCGGAGCCGGCCUGGCAGUGUCGACUUUGACAUGGAGCCGUUGGAUGAGCUGGAAUUUCCUCCCGACGUGUCCCAUGGAUUUGCUGCAGUUGCUUCUGAUGACCCUGCCAGGAUAUCGAUACCAGGAAAUGAGCCCAAUGCAUGGAGUCAGCGUGAUGCCGACCAUUUUGAGGAUUGGACCUGGCGAUGCUUGGCUUGUGACUCUCAGGGGUGUGGAUGGUCGAAUGGUUCCUGGGUGUGCAGUGCGUGUGGACGCCAUGAGUUUUACCGCUCCAAUCAGCCCGCCAAGAAGAUGACACAGGAUGGCACAUGGAUGUUCAUACCCCAUGGCCACACUGAGCGCGUUUCGCCCCUGAGUAAGUCUGCUCGGCGUCGGAAGAGACGCGUGAAUGCUGGUGAUCCUUCUGGUUCGAGCGUUGAUGGUGGUGAGUUUGACCCUGAGGAAGAGUCCCACACUACAGACCAAGUUGUUGAGCCAAGCGUUAGGGCCCCAAGUGUUCACUCACAGCCUCGAAGGUUGCAACCGAAGUUGCAGCCGCAAUCUCAGAAUGCAAUGUCAUCGAAUGCUGACCAAGAUCGUUUGUUAGAUGCCCUCCGUCGCCUUGUCACUUCGAAGAAGCAAGACGAUGAUGACUGGAGUUCUCAAGCGGGUCCUCAGAAAGGCGUUCGAUGGCGUGGUGGUGCAGUCCCACAGCCUCUUCAGUGGCGCUAUGAUCGUGAUGACUUGCGCGCGUACAGCAAGUUUGUCAAGAAAGUUGACAUCUGGAAGUUGCAGGCUGCCCCGUUCAUGUCCAAAAAAGAGAUGUCCCUUGCCUUGUACAACUCUUUACAAGGUGAAGCAGAGCAGGAACUGGAGCAUACGCCAAUUGAAGAGAUCCACUGCGAUGAUGGAGUAGACAAAAUUCUGCGGGCUUUGAAGGGCCCGAUGGAGCAGAAGGUUGUCUACCAGAAGAGAAAGUUCCUUCACGAGUUUGAAAACUUGCGGAGAUAUGCUGGAGAGACUAUGAGAGCUUACAUCAACAGGUUCAGACGCUCCCAACGGUGUUUGAAAUCUGUUGGAAUUGAUGUUUCCCUGACUUAUGAUGAUGAGUCGAUGGGAGCGCGGUUGCUGGACAGAUCAGGCUUGUCUCAAGAAGGCCAACGCAUGAUUCUGGUGGGAACUCAGCAGCGAUUGAAUUUUGAUUUGAUCGUGGACACAAUGCUUUUACAAUACCCUGAGUUUCGCGGUGCUCCACCGGUUGUUGGUCGUGAUGGUUCAGCAGUUUCCAAAGGCUCCACGAAGGGUUCACGUCCUAUGUCCUCCUCCUCUUCCUCAUUGUCCAGUGGCUCUACGUUCACCUCAACUUCUGCGAGCUCCUCUAAUAAGAAUGUUUUUGCUGGAAAAGGGAACAAUGUGAGACGUCAAGUCCACCUUGCUGAGACCAGCGCAGACCAACAGCAUGAUGAGGAGUUCAUGGAUACAAUUGAUGAAGAACAACCGAAUGACCAAGAUGAUUCAAUUCAAGAUGAUCCCGGUGAGGACCAAAACGAAGAUGGCGCAGAUGGCAAUGAUGAUGAUGUGGAUAUGGGUGAGCUUGCACAAGUCCUCACCUUGACAGCAAAGAAGCUCAGUAACAUCACUCUGGGUCGCAAAUUUACCAAUAGACCGAAGAAUGGCCCAAAGACCAAGCUCACUGCCCAGGACAAGUCCACCACGCACUGUUCUGCAUGUGGGGGUUUAGGUCACUGGUACAAAGACCCAGAAUGCCCCAAAAACAUUGGGGGAUCUGGUGCGGCACCGUCAGACAAAAGGUUUAACUCCAAAGGUUCUGGUCCCAAGGGUUCAUCGACUCACAAGGUUGGCAUCAUUCACCAUGACUAUGGAAGCCUCGAGAUCCACGAAACCCCUGAAGAGGAGGCCUACCUGCCUUCAGCCAUUUGCGGAGUGCCUUUGCUGCUGGCCCUCAACCUGGUGAUUCUGUGCACCUUCAGACCAAUGCGGCAAGCACCGCCAUGUUGGUUGCAGAGGUGGCGCCGGAUGACCCUCUUUCUCAAGAACGCCUUCAAGGAGUUCCUCCUUCAUAUGAUGAUGGCAAUUCGCCUUCAGGUCUUGCCAAGAGAUGCCCUCCAAGCAAUUCCUCCGGUGAUCCACGGCAUCAUGAACAACCCAAUGACUUGCAACCAUGCGAGAUGCCGAAGGUACGGAAACAUCCACGGCCGAUUUGCCGAAUGCCUGGAGUGCAAGACAAAGUGGAAGUGGAACGAAGACAACAAGAUGUGGGUGGAACAUGGGCGACCAGGGCGCUCAUUGCGCUCGCAACCCUUGCCACUGCCGUCUUCAAGCAACACAAUCUCUUCCACACCAUACCCCAAGAGCCAGAUGUCUUCAGCCUUGGCCAAGGCCAAGCCCAAGUCGAGGCCACGUCGUCCUCCUCCAGCUCACAACAUCAACAGUGGAUGGGCCAAUUUUUCAGCUAUGGACCUGAUGUUGGACCAUCUCACGGUCGAGCAGAACAACGAAGUGUUCCUGAUCACACAACAGAUGUCGCCUCUGGAAAUGGAGCCGACCAACAUGGCGGAGUUUGCAUUCCUCAACGAGGAGAUUCAUCGCGAGUCCAGAGAGGAGAUGGAGCGACAGCAGGAUCAAGAGCGAUGGGACAGGCUGAUCGCCUUGGGAGUCAUUCUGGCUCCGGACGACGAAAUCUACGAUUGGGAACAGCUGGAGCAAUCAAACCUGGCAAUGUAUCUGAUUUACGGUCAAGACCUUAUGCAGAGUUCCAUGCGGCAUGAAGCAAUGAGAGUUCAGAAACGUUUCAGACCUUUUCUUCUGAUGAUGAGAUUGGAUGAAUGGUAUCAUUUGCAACUGCAAGAUCGACCGUUGCUUGAUCUCACCGCUGACUUGGCAGAAGUUCAGCACAAGCAUGGAAGAUUUUUUUGGAUUGAAAGCCCUCAGAACUCAGAAGUAUGGGAGCAAGAUCGCUUACAACGCCUUUUGAGUCUGCCUGGCGUUUGGAGCGUGGUUGUUGAUGCCGGUGCUUUUGGAGCUCAGAUUGACGGCAACCCUAUUGCCAAACCAUUUCGUAUUGUUGGAAACAUGCCUGGCUUGGAUGAGGUGCUGGAUCGUCGAUUGACUGCAGAUGAGCGGCUUCAAUGUGUCAAGGUUGAAGGUUCCAUGACACGCCGUUCUCAAGAAUAUCCCUAUGAAAUGUGUCAUGCAGUUGUUCAGCACCUCAAGCAGUAUGUCCAACAGAAACAACCUCAUCGUUUUUGUCAUGUCCACCAAGCUUUACCAGUUCAACAGCCAGUUGCAGAUCUCCAGCGAUGGGACCAAGUGGUCGAACAACUUGAUGUCACCUAUGACAGGUCUUCACGACGUCCCUAUGAGAUUGGAGUUGACACUGAGCUUGGACGUACCAUCCAAAACUUGCUAAGGAUUGAUGCUAACAGAAUCCAGGUGGUCUCCAACCCAACAACUCGGAGAUUCCCUGGUCUGGUGAAAGACUUUCCUGCAACAAGAGCUGCAUUUUUGAUGUACAAUGAUGGUACUAAAGCGGUUGAAGUUGAGGACAUGCAAGAUGUCCAGUUUCCCAAACAGCGUUUUUCAAAACCUGUGCGCAUUGCAGUGUUUGUUUUUGGUAGUCGUCGAGAUGUUCCAGAAAAAGAAACUGCUGCAGUUCCAGGUGUUGUGCCCAAUCUUUCUACCGACAUCGACUUCCCAGGCUUGUCGCCAACCAUUCCACAGGAAGUUCGAUCUGCGGUGGCACGCAUGCACCUGAACAUGGGACAUUGCUCCCGACAGGAGCUUUCAAGACUUCUUGCCUAUCAAGGUGAUGUGCCUGAUCAGGUUUAUGAAUGUGUUCGGAAGCUCAGAUGCGCAACAUGCGAACGCUUGCGACCUCCACAACAACCAAGACCUUCAGCUACCCCCAAUUUCUUUGCGGGACAGUUUGGAGAUGAGUUGCAGAUGGAUAUUUUUCACUGUCGAACUCUUGAAGGUGAGUCGUUCAAAGUUUUGGGAAUUGUUGACAAAGCGACUGGAUUCCACCAAGCCAUUGCCCCAACUGAGAGCAGCAGUGAUCACAUGUUCGAGUGUCUGGAGCAGAUCUGGUUUAGACCAUAUGGCCUGCCACUGAAGAUUGUGGCAGAUCCAGACACCUCUUUCAGGGGAGAUUUCCAAGAGCGAGUUCAAGCUAUUGGAUGCAAUCUUGAACUUUGCCCUCCCGAAGCUCACCACAUCAUUGGAAUGGUGGAGAGACGCAAUGCUGUGUUGAGACUUGUCCUUGAGAAGCUGAUAGAUCAAUUUGCUGCCACGACCGUUGAACAGUGCAAGCUAUUGCUUUCCUCAGCUUGCCAUGCAAUGAAUGGAGCAAUCCAUACUCAUGGCCAUUCGGCUUAUCAAGCAGUGUUUGGCCGGCAACCAAGGCUACUCAACAGCAACUUCAACGAUCCAAUGAAUUUGGCAACCUCACCACCUGUUGCAAAGCUCCAGGACGAGGACUAUGCUUACCGCGCUGAACUUGUGCGAGCGGAAGCUGUCAAAGCCAUACAUGACUUGGAUGUGAGUCGACAUUUGCGUCGAGCCUUGCUGCGAAAGACUCGCAACACCAAGGUCGCAGAUGUUCUUCCUGGUCAACGUGUUGCUUUUGGAGAUGGGCAAGAUGAGACCGACAUCAAGGCCUUGAAAGACGCAACUCAGGACUUUGGCAAGUACUUGUUGGAUGAUAGAGGCCCAGCACCACCAGAAGAACAUGCCCUUCAUGAUCCAUAUGAUGACAUGAACGAAUACCAUUAUGGAGUUCCAAUGUCCCGCACACCCACAUCCAAACGGAUUGGGAGCACACCAGCACAGAGAGCCACACAACAGGCUCUACCACCACCUAUGGCAGAACAACCUGCCUUGCUGGAACAACCAGCAAGCACAGUACAGCAACAAAGCUCACAUCACUCACAGGCACCAGCCAAUGUACAGCCGGCACAAGCAGUUUCACAGCCUACCAUUUUGGAGGCAGCAGGCCAGCAGGCCACAUCAGACACCCAGCCAGAGCAACAAAGGACUGAGGUCACUGAAGCGGAAGCUAAUCCAGAUGUCCUUCACCCAUCAACAACAGGGACGGAACUGGAUGUCCAACAACCACAACCAGAUGAUACAAUGGAUCCACCUUCGGAUCAACAGCUUCCACAAAAACGGCCUUUUGAUUCCUUAGCAGUUUUGAUACCAACAGUGGAGAACUACUUGGUGCGACCACAUGCCUACUCAGAUGCUUCACCAGACAUUGGUUUUGGUCCACCUCACAAGGUCUUCCACUAUGCGUACCUCACCACUAAACAACGUGAGGAAGAUGUCAAGCGGAUCAAUAAGGAUCCAACUGAGUCUGAUACAACUCAAGGUUCAGACACUGAUGACGAUGAUGAUCAACAACCACUCCAGACCAGCAACGAGACGUCAUCAGCACCUCCAGUGUACAAGCAAGGCAUGACCAGACAAGAGGUCAAAGCCCUCGAUAGAGAAAUACCAUGGAGGAAAGUGCUUGACAUGCCAGAGUCCUAUGUGGACAAAUUUUUGGCGGCCAUCACCAAAGAAGCUGAGUCAUGA